AUGGAUACGAAUGAAGAAGUAUUUACGGUGCAGGGAUUAGGAACCCCAGUACCGGUUCAGGUGGAGGGUGUUGAAGCAGGCCCCACUGGACCGUCAGCCAGCUACUGCGGCUCCUCUUCGAUGGACCCCCAGGUCGAAAGGAGUAUAAAUAUUACUGGAGCAAAUAAUUGUGAUUCUUCCUCGUUGGCAAACCAGGACGAGAAGAGUGGCCCUAUUACUGGAAUAACAAUCACGGAAAUGGACAUCAAUCCGUUUUCAAGAAGAGACUCAAUAAAUCGCACUCCUACUAAGGGAACAAAGGCAAAUGACGAAUCAAUUAAAGAGCCGGAGACAAAAGAAGAUACCCCAGAGCAACAAACAAAACGAAAAAGAAUCGAACUAACAACACAGAAUGUAGAAAAACAGUGUGAGAUUAAAGGAAGUAAAUACGAAGAAAACGUGGACAAAGCAUUAAAGGUAAUAGGACAACUAGAGAAGCUCGUUGGAAGUACAUACAAACCAAAAAAGGAACUUACCGACAUCACAUUCAGACUAACUCACUGUGCUCAAAAAAUUAGAAAGGAAAGAAGAGAAUCGGGAAUAGAAAAUACGAAAAAAGAAACAACAGAUAUUGAGAAGAGACUACGCAUCGAGAAUCAGGAUUUAAAAAUGCAGUUGGAAAACCUAAAAGAAAAGCUGUUAUGUCUCACUGAAAUAACAACGAAUAAGUCCGUGAACCAGGAAGAAAAAUGCGAGGCAUGCAAAGAGGCAGACAGAAAAAAGAACAGGAGAAAAGUACUGAAGCUCAACGAAAGUCUCGAAUCGUUUGAACAAGUUACAGAGGAAGAUUGGGGAGAAGAAAUCUUUACGAGACUGAAAGAAAUCAAAAAGCCGAUAUGGGAUGUACCGAAUGAAUACAGCGUUAUAAUUCCAUGUAAUGUAAACUUUGGGUCGAAACAUAAGUAUAUUGCUACAGCUUUAGAUAGGUUCGGAGGUAAGACCGGCUUAAAGACACAAAACAAAACUACAGGUGAAAUAGCCAGAAUGACAUACUCAUUAGGCUUUCCAGAUGAAGGAGGACAUUUUAACUUUAAUUUUAGAAACCUUUAUUACCCUAUAGUUGAAGAAGCCACCAGAGAACUAGACCAUCUGACUCUGUUUCAAACUAUAAAGGAAGUAAGAAACCUGUUACAAAGAGAAGGCAAAGAAAAGAUCGCGGUACCAGAACUCGAGGGAGUGGAGGGAGAAAUUCUUAAAAGAAUGCUAGAAUACCUAUUUGUAGAUACAAGUAUUGAAAUAGUUGUAUGUAAGGAAGUUAUUCCAUUAAAACGAAACAGAAGGAGCACGCUAGGAGAAAAUCUAACUGAAAAACCAAGAAAAUCUAGAAAAGAAGCUAUUCUGGUCAAGUCAGGUGAACAGACAUACGCCGAACUCUUGAAAACGGUAAAACAAAAAAUAAACCCAGAUGAUCUUGGAGUGCAAGUUAAAGAAAUCAAGAAAACAAGAAAUGGAGAUCUACUACUAACUGUCGAAAACGGAUUCGAUAAAACAGAAAUAUUAGAAAAAAAAAUUAAAGAGGAGCUCCCACAAACUAAGACAUCCCUAUUGCUAAAUAAAAAGAUCCUUCACAUUAGAGACCUAGAUGAGACAAUAACUAUAGAAGAAAUUAGGGAAGCGAUAGCCAGUCAAAUAAACGUAAACCCAGGUAGUUUUGAAGUAAGAGCACUAAGACCCUCGCACAGUGGCUUACAAAAUGCAACAGUGGUCAUAACAGAAGAAGGCGCAAAUAAACUAAAUCGGGAACGGAAGCUGAAAGUAGGUUGGACACAAUGUCGGAUUGAGGAGAGAAAAAAAGAAUUGAAAUGCUACCGUUGCUGGGAGUAUGGACAUACAAGAGAGAAAUGCACUGGACAAGACAGAGAAAAUAGCUGCAUGAAAUGCUCCAAAGAGGGACACAAGGCAAAUGAAUGUCAAAAUAAAGCAUAUUGUAUAAAUUGCAAACAAGAGGGACACCAAACGGGAAACCGUAAAUGUACAAAAAAUAAAAAUCAUCCACAACAAGCAAUUGAGAACGAUGUAUUUUCAAAUCCCCAAAAUGGCUUGGAACAGUAA